AUUUUCGUAGAGAGAAAUCAAUCGCCGACCAUGGUUUUCGCUUGGUGCAGGUCAGCAUCUAAGCUUGCUUCCGUUUGUGGUCGAUUCCUAUCUAUCUCCGCCGUUGUGAGUUUGGCUCCGCCGCGUCCCAUGGUCUCUCGUGGCUUUCUUUCCUCGACGGCUAUUGAUGAUCGCCAGAGCUCCAACCAAAUGUUUCUUUAUAUGCUCUGCUCUGGCUUUAUACCACCUAAAGUUGAUGAUGAGCCGACUCCAGGAAUAAACCCUUACACAAUUGAAGAUGAUGGAGGUAAGACUGUGACAUUGACUAGAGACUACCAAGAGGAAUAUAUUGUAGUUGUAGCAGGUAUGCCCUAUGAAGAAUAUGAUGGAUUAUGUUUUCCACUAACUGUGAAUUUUACCAAGAAGAUCAGUGGCCUCAGCCUCGAGUUUAGGUGCACGGCUUUUCCUCUUAAUGGUACUUCCAUGAAUGGUGUAUCUGUGAUUAGUCGGGGGAAUUAUUGGGAGGAUCAACGGCCGUGUGAUUUAAACGUGGAUUACAGACACAGUUAUUUGCGUAUGAUAUUUGAUUAUAGCCCAAAAUUUGCCUUGUACAAGUACAUGACGACAGGCACGCGAAAGUACGUGGUAUGGUUGAAACAUCUUAAGAAGUUUUUGGAGGAAUGA